GAAGCAGAAUUAUGUUUGGUUUUACAUGAUUAGUUUAACAAAGUCGGUUCUUGGCCCUGUGUCCCAUUUACCUUGAUGACGCUUCAAGCUCGAAAUCUCGUCGUUUUCUUCUCCUUCUUAUGUAGCCUUUUGUUGCUUUCUUUCACUCUGUUGGAGAUAUAAAACCAACCCAAAAAUAUGCAACUGCCAUUUUUGUUUCUUGGUCUCAUUGCUUUCUAGUUUCCUGCUCUAUAAAACGGUGUUUUGAUUGGGCUGCAUUGUUCUUUCAUUUUCUGGAAAAAGUACAAGAAGAUGAAUACCAGAGUGCGCACCACUCUUCUGGCGAUGAAAGCUCCUCUGAACCUGGAUAAAAAGAUGGAGACUCAGGGGAGCAGAGUAAAAGGUGGCGACAAACCUGUGACCAAUCGAAGGCGAUCAAAUAGAGAGAGAAAAAUGAUGUUACUUCAAGAUGUUGAUAAGCUAAAGAAGAGGCUCAGACAUGAAGAGAAUGUUCACAGAGCAUUGGAGAGGGCUUUUAGUAGACCUAUAGGAACUCUCCCUCGUCUUCCUCCUUAUCUUCCCCCACAUACACUACAGCUUCUUGCCGAAGUAGCUGUUUUAGAAGAGGAGGUUGUUCGUCUGGAAGAGCAAAUCGUGAAUUUUAGGCAAGGUCUCUAUCAGGAAGCUGUCUACAUAUCCUCCAAGAGGAAUGUGGAGAAUUCGAGUGAUACAAUCGACCACGAGUCAGGUAGAAACUCCAAACAUCAACGAUCAAAGUCUUUGCCCCAAAAUGAGCUGAAUUCAAUAACAUCUAUGGUCAGGCGUCAACCUUGUCUAGCCAGAAGUACAAGUAGAAAGUUCUUUUCCCUCGAUACCAUCCCCGAUCGAACGGCUAAUUGUUCCAAUAGGCCAGUGAUGGGGAAACAACAUCUUAAUAAACGCAAUUCCUCUCCAUCUUGUCCAGAAGAUGGGCAAGGAAAAGAGAGUUGGUUGUGUUUUGAUUCUGUGAAGGACAAGCAAUCUCCGGAAAAGAAAUAUGCAAAAAUCAUAACCUCGAUGCAGAAAACUCCAAUCAAAUAUGAAUCAAUGGAGAAAUGUGCGGAUCCUAUAAGGUCAAAGCUAGGGAGCAGACUAAUAGAGGAGAGAGCACAGGAGAGUUCCUCUGGUUCUUCAGAUGAAAGAGUAUUGGCAGCUGAUAGCCAUCCCAACAAAGUAUCUGAGGAUAUGGUGAAGUGUUUGUCUAGCAUUUUCAUGAGGAUGAGCGCAUUGAAGGACAAAGUAGUGGAAUCAGGGACUUUUCGAGCAGUAGCUUCUCAUGGAAACAACAGAGAAACACAGUUUAGAGAUGCUUAUGAAAUCUGUUCAGAAUACAGAGAGAGAGAUAUUGGUCCUUAUAAGCAUCUCUGUGCAAUUGAAGCAAGUUCAAUCGAUCUCAAUCGGGCAACCAAUGCUCUGUUUCUGAUUCAUAGGCUAAAGUUGCUAUUUGGAAGGCUUGCCACUGUGAAGUUAGAGGGUCUUACACAUCAGCAGAAGCUUGCAUUCUGGAUAAAUAUAUACAAUUCCUGCAUGAUGAAUGCAUUUUUAGAGCAUGGGAUACCGGAUACCCCCAAAAUGGUUGUAGCACUAAUGCAAAAGGCGACAAUUAUUGUGGGGGGACACUUGCUGAAUGCAAUAACAAUCGAACACUUCAUCUUGAGACUGCCUUUUCAUUUGAAAUUCACAUGCACAAAAGCUGCAAAAAAUGAUGAGAUGAAAGCACGCAGCAUAUUUGGACUGGAAUGGUCUGAACCCUUGGUCACAUUUGCACUCUCCUGUGGAAGCUGUUCCUCUCCUGCUGUGAGGGUGUACACAGCAUCUCAAGUGGAAGAAGAGUUGGAAGUUGCAAAGAGGGACUACUUGCAAGCAGCAGUCGGCUUUACCAAGACAAACAAAUUAAUUAUCCCCAAGGUACUAGAUUGGUAUCUACUUGACUUCGCUAAGGAUCUGGAGUCAUUGCUGGAUUGGGUCUGCCUGCAACUACCGGAUGAACUCCGUAGCGAAGCAGUCAAAUGUCUUGAGAGAAGAGGAAGAGAACCCUUAUCACAAUCGGUACAAGUAAUGCCAUAUGAUUUCAGUUUCAGGCUACUUUUACAUCGAUGAGAGUCCCUUCUCUCUCUCUCUCUCUCUCUCUCUCUCUCUCUCUCUCUCUCUCUCUCUCUCGGGAGUCUAUCUAGUGUCACCAAUUUUGGAUGUGGUGAGGGUUGUGUAUUGAUAGUCUCAAGUGGAAGCGCAUCCAUACAAGAUCGAUGUAGCAUAAUUUGUUAAUGUCUGGCUAAAUACUGUUUUUAUUAACAAAUUAAAUGGGUUGGGGAUGUGGUGUUUGGUUCAUUAUUUGGGGAAGAGUAAAUGAAUGUGAUCAAUUCUUUAA